CAUAUUUAUGUAUUAUGGAUGUAUCUAUAAAAAUUUAGUAAAUGUAAUUAAACAAAAAAAAAAUCAAAAUAGUGAGUAUUACUAAAAAUUGCAAACAGAAUUCAUUGAAUUAUUAAAACUAAAGAAAAUAUUUUCUUAACAUCUUCUUUUUUUGCGAGGUAAAAUUAUCAAGAAUACGAUAGACUAAUGAAUAAAUUUUCGUAACGUUAAAAUAUAGCUGUACAAACAUAAAUUACACAAACACAGUGAAAUGUUACUUUUGAAAAUAACAAAAUUAUUCUUAAUACAUAUUCCGUUUACCUUCAAAGUGUUGAUAACCUUAAGAAGACGUGAGUUGUUGCAUUUUAUAGACCUUGUUCUUGGUGAGAUUAUUCAUAUCCCCUACUCUUUUUUCUCCUCUCUCUCUCUUCCCCUAUUCAUUUCUUUUUCCUCUUGUUAGAUAAAGUACAAAAAUUCUUUAGCAAUGUCCAUGAACGUCUCAAUCUUUCUUCAGUGCAGUCAACACUCGUGAGGAAGAAGUUAUAUCAAUAUCGUUUACGAAUAACAAGGUCAAAAGAUACGCAAAUUAAUAUGAUUGUUAUUUAAAAAAAUAAAAAAAUAAAAAAGAAAACACAAAAAAUGUUUAAAACGUGCCAGUUAGUAAUUUUGUUUGCGUUGUUUAUCUUUAUUGUUGCAAAUGAAUCAACUUGGGAAAAUCCAAUAAUUGAAGCACCUGUUGGAAAGAUUCGAGGAUCUAUCUUAACUUCGAGAUUAGGCAAGAAAAUCUAUUCGUUUCGAAGUGUAAGGUAUGCAGAACCUCCAGUUGGAGAAAGAAGAUUUCAGGUUGCAACUCCAGCAAAAGAUUGGAAUGGUAUAUACGAUGGCACUCAGGAAGGGCCUGCUUGUCCUACUUUAAGUAGAACACCUAUAUCCGAGGAUUGUUUACGUUUAAAUGUCUACACGACCAAGUUACCAUCGCACAAUGCAAAAGGCAAGAAUUUCAAAGGUCGUCCAGUUCUUGUCUUCUUCCAUCCCGGUGCAUUUUAUUCCUUCUCUGGUCAAUCUCGAUAUUUUGGACCACAAUAUAUCCUGGACAAGGACAUUGUCUUAGUGACAUUAAACUAUCGAUUGGGAACUUUGGGUUUCCUAGCCACAGGGGAUUCUUAUGCACCAGGAAAUUUAGGCUUGAAGGAUCAAGUUGUAGCACUUCGUUGGGUCAAAAGAAACAUUGCAGCAUUCGGAGGUGAUCCGAAUUGUGUUACUAUUGGUGGUUAUAGUGCUGGAGCUACCAGUGUAGUAUUACAUAUGUUAUCACCUAUGUCAAAGGGUCUCUUUCACAAAGCAAUUGUCAUGAGUGGUUCACCUACAAAAUUAAAAUCCUACGAAAGAGAUCAAUUAGAUUUAGCUAAAAGGCAAGCAGUAUUGUUGGAUUGUCCGACAGACAUAACGGAAUCUAUGUUGAAUUGUUUUAAAUCUCAACCAAUCGAACGUUUCAAUGAAACAUUAUCGAAAUUUUUCGAAUACGGUGGUGAUCCAGUGAAUAUAUGGUUACCAGUUAUUGAACCAGAAGUAGAUGGAGUUGAAAGAUUUUUAACUGGUCAACCUGUUGACUUGAUCAGAGAAGGUAAAAUCAAUGAUGUUCCUUUAAUCAUUGGUACUACUACAGAGGAAUUUGGUAGAGUGGUCUUUGUUAUCGAUAAAAGAGUACAAGCAGGAAAUACUACCUCAUUCCGUAAUCUAAACACAAAAUGGAAUACUAUAGCUCCAAUUAGUUUUCAAUAUGAAAGGAAUACACCUCGUUCGAAUUAUAUUAGUCAAGAAUUGAGAAAAUUCUAUUUUGGUAAUGAAACAAUUGGUACACAAUCAUACGACGGAUUAGCUCACAUUUACUCCGAUAGCAUUGAAAUAUUUCCAGUGCAUCGUGUAUCAAAACUUAUGGCUGAUUAUAGCAAAUUUCCAGUUUAUGUUUAUCAAUUUUCGUAUAGAGGACGUAACAGUUUCGCCAUGUGGAAUGAUACCACACCAUACAAGGGACCUGUUCACCACGAUGAUUUGCAAUACUUAUUUUACAUGAGUGCUCUUUUUCCUUUUUACAACGGAUCUGAUCCGGAAAUUCCAAUGAUCGAACGUAGUAUCGCAAUGUGGACAAAUUUCAUGCAAACUGGCGAACCAAUUCCAAGAAAUAACGAAUUGUUUGAUAAAGUUGUGUGGGAUAGAUUCGAAACGGUUAACGAUAACUAUUUGGACAUCAAUUUAAAUCCAACUAUGAAGCAAGGUAUCUUUCCUGAAAGAAUGGUUAUAUGGGAAAAAUUAUUCCCUUUGCCUCCAUUGCCUCACUGUAUCGAUAAUCAAAGUAAUCAAUAGAACUUUGACAAUGAUUAAAAAGUAAUAUUUAUAAUAAAAAAAUCAAACUACUUUACGCAUAUACUAUAAAUAUAUAUU